GAAGAAAAGAAAGAAGAGCCUGUUAUUGCCGAGCAGACAGAAGAGCCAAAGGCAGAAGAUCCAAAGGAAGCAGAAAAGGAGGACGACAAGCUGGAAGAGGAAAAAGAGGAAAAAGGUGAAGAAGGUGAAGAAGGCUAUGAGAAUAUUGAAGAAGCUGGUGAGAAUGAAGGACAGAGUAUUAGCGUCAGCCCAGUGCGUAAAGAGGAAAAGGCGAUGUGGAGAGAGUGGUACGAUGUUGAUGAGACCACUGAAAUGCCAGAAGCCAGCUAUGAUCAAACGCAGCCAGAUGAGAUAGAUGAUGCUACGUGGCAACGAAUGACACUGGCUGAGCGAAGGACUGCCCUGGAAAGACAGGGGCGGCAGUUUCUAGGGCAAAGUGAAAGGCAGGCAUAUGAGGAAUAUGUGCGGCAAAGUCAGCGUGAAGCUGAACAAGUGCAACAGACACCAGAGAUUAUGAGUCAUAUGUCGACCCGGGUACCCCGGAUUCUACCGAGCUAA